GGUCCCGUCGCGAGCCUUACGCCUCAUCACUCAGUAUGCGCCAGGAAUGGGCAUACAUACACACCGCAUCAGCUAGACGUUCAUGCUGCCCUGCCCUGCUUAAGAUUUCGGAACGAGCGAAUAACUACAAGAGGGCUGCGCCAGGAUACCAGAUGCAGGGCUUGGUACAAGCAAGAGUUGGUGCAUGGGGCCCCAGUAAGAUUCUGGCAAAAGAGCCUACAAGCUGGGCGAGUGUUUCACUGCAAGGGUGGUCGUGUGGUUUAAUGAGCUGGCGAGAGCAAAGGUAUGGCUGCGGCUGAGCGUGCAAGAUUCCGGCAUAAGCCAAUGGCAGAGAGUCUGUAUCCAGUCUGCUUCCGUGACAACACAAGGCUGGAGUGGCAAUUGACCACUGGCCAACUUGUCAUACCGUUUUUUUCACGUUCCUAGUAUUUUCUUUCAUUCUGUUCAGUAAUACUCUCUUUUUCAAGUGGGACUUCAGAUGUCCGAUCGAACUUCUCUGCUGAACAUCCAAGAAAGAUUGACAACGCUCAUUACAGGCCAUGAUUCCCUCCAAGAAGAGGAGAGAGGCUAUCAAAGGCCCUACAGAAGGCGAAUGGAAUGCCUGCAAGGAGUUGUUGCGAGGCCUCUAUUUCAAGUCGACACUCCCAAAAUUGAUGGAAGACAUGGAGUCGAACCAUGGAUUUAUCGCAUCGUAUGUGGCCUACCUGUAUUUGGCGCACAGCUGACGAGAAUUCCCUAGCAAAAAUCAAUAUAUGAGGAAGUUCAAAGAGUGGAACUUCAGAAAGAACCUCUCCUCUGCAGAGUGGGAACAUGUCCUUCGCAAGAAACGCAAGCGAGACGAAGCGAACAAGGACACUCGAGUGGUCCUUCAUGGUGUUGACAUUCCAAUGAAAAGAUUGAAGAAGGAGGAGAGCAGAUAUACUCUGUCGGAUCUGAACAGUAUCUUUUCUUCGUGUGAAUAUAGUGUGUGGAGGUCCAGGUGCAGGUCUGACGAUAUUAUAGAUCCAGUCGCGCCAUCCCCUGAAGGCAUUUCGGUCGCCACACCACCACCAGCAAUGGUUGAAUUAUACAUGAGAACUAUCCGAAUCGACAAUCUUCCAUCAUUUGGACUUGGAAGUUUGUUCGCAAGUCAAACUAGCUCAUGGCAGCAGUCUUCUCUAAAGGAUACUUCCUUCGAAAGUCGCUCUUCGUCGACUUCAAGGGCUUUUGUUUCCACCCCAUUUACACCAGCCACUUCCUUUGCCAAGAUGUUGGGGAAUCCUUACAAUUCUUCCACCACAUCAACGUGUGAGUGUCGCGACAGGAUGGUUCAGCAAUUUCAUAAUGCGACAAUCGAGAAAUACGAGGGCGAGAUCGAAGAUCGAAUAUCCAAACUCUUUGGGCCAUCGAGCGCGAGUGCACUGAAGGAGUUCUUGAUCUUCGUUGCACAAAUCGGAUCAAACAAUAAGUUUGAGUGGGGGCAGCCGAGCAGGAUCCUCGAAUGGAUCUCGGAGCAGAAUCAGACAUUCCUGGAAAAUCUAAUCGAUUUGAGAAGUCCAACUAUACAAGCAUGCCUGGAUCUCUUGAUUGGAGAUUGUAGUUGGGUCGGAAACCAACGAGCAUUCACAGCGCUCAUUAGAGCUGACAAAAGUGGACAGUUGUAUCAUGGACGGCGAGAAAUUUUGCUAUGCUUGGCAAUAGAGCGUAACUUGAGUAACGUAGUCAAAACUCUAGUCGACGAAGGGAUUAAUGUCAACUGCAAAGUGUACAGGUACACUGAAGACGAUGAUCUCGUUCCAAGCACACUUCUUGGCGCAGUUUCUAAUGUUGAAAUAGCGAAGAUUCUCAUUGACGCUGGUUCUCAUGUCAACACCCCGAUUCACGAUAGUACAGAGCUGGAAAAGGACAAUAAUCUCAAAGCUGAGUGGUACAGCCCGAUAUACUAUGCUGCCCGCGAUGUCAACUCGGAUUUGUUUCAGCUGUUUCUCGACGCAGGAGCACACUUUGAUCCUACGGACACUGAAGUAUUGUGGGACACCACAAGCUUUCUAGCCCAUGCUAUAGAGAAUGAGAGUAUCUCAAUGGUAGACAUACUUCUGAGACUAGGCGCAGAGUCCUCGGUGUCUUCUCUACAGUACUGGCAGACAGAAGAUGAGAAAUUCGUUCAACGCACUGAGAUACAACAAGCAUGCUUCAUGGGAUAUACUGAAAUUGUUAAAGCUCUUCUGUCCAUCAGAUCUGUAAGGCAUGUCUUGCAAUCUAGCAAAUGCAAAUGGGGCCCGCUACGAGAUGCAGCUAUGCAGGGUCAUUUGGACAUUGUCGUGUUGUUGAUUGGGGUUGGUGCAGACGUCAACGCCACAAGCCAAGCUGUUCAAGAAAUGGAAGUUGACGACGAGGGUUCAGACUACGAGGAGGGCUCAGACGACGACGAGGGUUCAGACGACGACGAGGGUUUAGACUACGACGCGGCAUCAGGACUCGAGGAUCCAAAAUGCAGUACUCUUAUGCAGCUCAUACCGUCUACUGCAUUGAUGGCGGCAGUCGAAGCAGGCCACAGUCAUGUGGUGACUAGCUUAUUAAGUCAUGGUGCUGACGUUGAUGCUCCAGCUGUUGGCGUCUACGGCACUAGCGUACUGGCCGUGGCAGAAACACUCGGCAAUCAUGAAAUAGUAUCAGUCUUAAAGGAGGCAGGUGCCAGCUCUCAAAGGGAUGGAAACCAGCUCAUCGCCGACCUCCAAUUUGCGGCAGUACGAAAUAACCUGCGAGAAGUACAAAGGAUACUUGCACUAGGCAUUGAUGCUAGCCAUAUCCUUGACACAAGUCAAGCAAUACUAGAAAAGACGGGAGGUAAUGUAGGAAAUGUUCUCUGCAUUUUCAUAGCUGUAUGUGGCUGGAGUGUCAAUUGCAGGGGACCAGUAUCCAAAUUUAGCGCUCUGGAGAUUGCCAUAGACCUUGGAGAUGUCACCCUCAUCGACCAGCUUGGGGAUGCCGGAGCAGAUUUCAGUGGAAUGACAUCAACCGGGAAGCAUUUCCUCCAGCAAGCUCUUCUCAAAUCGGAUGGCUCAAGGUUCGAUUUAAUUGACAGCUUGGUGCGAUAUGGGGCAAGAGUGGACACGCCCUACAGCAGGACUGUGAAAAUGCCGCUUGAGAUCGCAGCAACCAGAUAUGACCACAAAAUUAUUGAACGCUUGCUGUUGGCAGAUACCUGCCUACACAAAUCUGCAGCCGCGAGCUCCAUCUUACUGAUGGCCAUUGAGAACGCAGAACUCGAUCUUUCUUCGAUUCAGCUCUUGCUUGACCAAGGAGCAGACGUCAAUGCUAUGGUCAGUACCACAACAGCUCUUUACGCGGCUGUGUUCCACAGAGGGAUUGAAUGUGUGAGGCUGUUGCUAGAUAGAGGAGCGGAUAUCAAUGCCCACCCGUUAGGAUUGGCGGGUAGAACAGCCCUUCAAGCAGCUGCCGGUUUCGGAUCAGUAGAAAUUUUCAAGCUGUUGCUAGACAGAGGAGCGGAUAUCGAUACCCGCCCAUCAGCAUAUUACUGUGGUAGAACAACCCUUCAAGCAGCUGCCAGUUCCGGAUCAUUAGAAAUUGUCAAGCUGUUACUGGACAGAGGAGCGGAUAUCGAUGCCCUUCCAGCGCAGGAACUUGGCAUGACGGCUCUUCAAGCAGCUGCCGCUUCCAGAUCAGUAGAAAUUGUCAAGUUGUUGCUAGACAGAGGAGCGGAUUUCAAUGCCCUUCCAGCACGGAGGUGGGGCAGGACAGCACUUCAGGCAGCAAUCCACAAGGAGUCACCCAGCUCUGAAGUAAUCCAGAUACUCCUAGAACAUGGUGCUGACAUCAACGCACCCGCCGCAAUGGAAGAUGGUGUUACUGCCUUACAAGAAGCGGCAAUAUGCGGCCACCUCAAGAUAGCUCUCCAACUACUAGAGAUGGGGGCAGAUCCCAACACUCCAGGCUCACCAAAGGAAGGCAGGACAGCACUGGAGGCUGCAGCAGAGCACGGCAGACAUGACAUGGUCCAACUUCUCCUCAACGCUGGAGCUGAGCCCACUCAAAGUGCUGUUAACUUCGCUGAAAAGAAUAGGAAGUGCGUGGUUGCGGAUAUGAUCAAAGCGGCACUGAAAGAGACAGAGAGGGAAGCAAACAUGCAGGGUAAAGGCAAAGGCAAAGAAAUAGAAUGGCAUGAUGAGCUGAGCAAGUAAACAACGAACGACAGAACGCGAGAUAAGACUCUGAGAACUGAUACUGGAAGCGAGAAGGGGGGCUGGCCUUGUUGAUUUGGUGAU